AUGUUCAAAUUCGAGUUCCCAACUUCGAGUUUUCCUGUUACACCUGCUCCGGUGAAGAGCUUCAUGUCCGCAUGGAAAUUCCGAGCAAACUACCCUUCUCAAAACGCCGGCUUCGGCCGCGCGUGCUACAUCUUCGACUAUGUGAUCUUGAUUGCCUGCGUUAUUGGUUUUUGGAUCCUCGACUCGGUCGAACCGUACCAUCAACAUUUUUCCCUCAGGAACUACACCCUCCAGUAUCCGUACGCGGUCCACGAACGCAUCCCGAUCCAGUAUGCGCUGUGCAUCUCCGGUGCUUUCCCCCUCGUCGUGAUCGCGAUCUACACACUUCUCCUCGAUGGCUUGUUCUCCCAUCACAAACCCCAAGACCCGAUCUCGGGGAAGCGCAAGCUGCGUGGGCCGUGGCGGUGGAAGGAUCGGCUAUGGGAGCUAAAUUGUGGAAUUCUUGGGCUUUUGCUCUCCCAGGCAUUGGCUUUCUUGAUUACCCAGGUUCUCAAGAAUGCAUGCGGCAAGCCACGACCGGAUAUUAUCGAUCGGUGUCAGCCUGUCCCUGGGAGUGCAGACCUAAGCCCUUAUGGGCUGUCCAACUCGACUAUUUGCACGGGCAGUCCAGCGUUGAUCAAGGACGGGUUCCGAUCAUGGCCAUCUGGACAUAGCAGCUCCUCUUUCGCCGGUCUAACUUACCUCUCCCUCUGGCUCGGUGGCAAGUUCCAUAUCAUGGACCAACGUGGUGAAACUUGGAAGACUCUCCUUGUAUCCGUUCCGCUCCUCGCAGCGACGCUGGUCGCCGUUUCUCGAAUCAUGGACGCACGCCACCACCCAUUCGAUGUGAUCACGGGGGGUGAGUCCUGGCGCAAGGGUCGGGCUUACCCCAUUCGCACCUGGGGCACGGAGCCUGUCGUGCCUGGUGGCGCUCAAUUCGCCCCUUUGGCUGGUAGUACGGAGAACCUUCGCGAUCCAAACAGUGAACGUUUAGAUGCCUUGCACCCGCGUGAGGGCUCCGUAUCGCCCGCUCCGUUUCCUAUCGCAUCGGGUUACGCCAACCAGGCCUACGAUCCCACCUCAAGGGCUCAUCCACGGCGCUCGCAUGACCAUCACCCAGACGGGAAUUACUCUUCCAGUGAGGAAGAUGUUGGUGAUGGUUAUGAGAUGCAGAGUGGAUAUCCAAUGGGUCAAAUUCCCCUGAGUAAUCCAUAUGCUCAACCCUUUGAGGCUAAUACGGCCUAUCCGUCGCAGACGCCUGCCGGGCGCCUCAAUGAUUUGGAAUCUUCUGGUGUCGUGGUUGGACAUUCUGUGCAUGAUCCGCGGGCGGUUGAUCCAGCCCACGGUAUCUAG